AUGUUGGAGGUGCUGCUGUUCCCUGAGGCGUGGGCCCGCAGUCAGUGUCGUUCUCUGGAGCGGAUGGUGCAGGUGGAGCAGGAGUAUCCCGGAGGAGUGGAGCACAUCUUCAGUCCUGGCUGUGUGCCCUGCUCCGGAUGCUGCAGCGAUGACGAGCUGGAGUGUUUCCCCGUCAGCACACACAACAUCAGCAUCCAGCUGUUGAGGAUGACUCCGGCGGAGAGGAGCAGAGAAUAUGUGCUGCUUUCCUUCCUGGAGCACCAGAGCUGUGAGUGCAGACAUGAAGGAUGGGGAUGUUCUUCUCCUGCAGGAGGACACCGAAGGGCAAACGCAGGAGGAGACGGAGAGUGAGGACGGACGGAGAUCGAGACUCUGCUGGGGGUCAGGUAUGAUAGAUUUGACAAAAUUCAUCAUCUUCUAAGUUCUCAACCGUCACAGCAGAUGCAGUUACUUAAAAGUGCCGCUAAACCCAUGUACGUGUGUGUGUAUAUAACUAAUAUAUGUCUUUAAUGCCCUGCUGUAGAUGUGAUGAUAAUUAUGGCCAAUAGGCACCAAAAAUUCUACCUCUUUUAUUUUAUCAGAAUGGAAUGAGUGAAUUGUAUUUACGUUUCUGCGUUUAGUCGAAGCUUUUAUGUAAAGCGAUUUACAUUACAAAAGAGAACAUUUUAAAUAAUGUCUCAUGUCAUAAAUUAAAGUGAUAUUAGUGUUACAUGACACAUCUGACAGGAGACACUCUGCGCUCGAACACAUU